AUGGCCUCGCUCCUGGCUCAAACCCUGGAGCAGCAGCUCCGCGGCAUUCCAGUGCUGGCCGUGGGUACAACUUGCCCCGGCGGCUUCACGGUCAUUGAAUCGAUCUUGCACUGGCUGGCCAACGGUGUUCGCCAGCCGGUUUGCAUCUUCAAUUCCGGCAAUGCUGCUGCGUUCAUCGGGAAAGAUGGAAGGCUCUACACGCUGCGAACUGUCCUGAACGAGGAUGGGCUCUCGGAGCUGCGCCUGGAUGCGGCGAAGAGCGACAGCCAGGAGUGGCAGCUGACUGACACUCCGGACGUGGCGGCUGUGACCGUGGCGCACACUGAGCGCUGCAUCUUGGUCCUCGAUUCCAAGAUGGAGCUCCACGUCCGACAGGACGACGGCACGGUGCAGGACGUUUUGCUGUCGCUGGCUGGAGGCUGGAGCGACUAA